GCUCCAGCUAGUAUUGUGAGCAUGCGCAAUCGGUGUAAACAGGAAGGGACGACAAUUUCAGGAGCUACACAAGAAAGAAGCCAAGCGUCUGAUUUGAAAAUAGCUUAUCUUGUAUGCCGACAGGGUUGUAUGAACAAUGUUCCACACUACAUGCAGAUAAUCAUCGUGACACAACUGCAGACACUUCUACAUUCAUCGACAAGGUCGGACAGGUCUACUAACAUCGCGACACGGGCGCUGAUCUAACCUCGUUAACUCGUCUGCUGUGUACGAAACCAUCCCUUGAGGACACCUUUCGUCCAAACCCCUUCCUCUCCGUCGGGUUGACAUAUGCAUUCAUAUUGAGAACAUUAUACAAAACAUGGUUCAAAAAGAUAAGGCGUUGGAAACGUCUCCAUUGGAGGGCGAGCCGAGCCCCAGCCCCCUGUCUACUGAAGCUGGUGCCGAGGCCGCUGCGGAGUCCGGGGAGGAGCGGGUCCUCUGCGUCGAACCGGACGGACAUCGGAAAUUCAUCAGCGGGGUGGUGGAAGGAUUUUAUGGUCGGCCAUGGACAAUGGAACAAAGGAAAGAGUUGUUCAGGAGGCAGCAGAAAUGGGGUCUGAACACAUACCUCUAUGCUCCUAAAGAUGACUACAAACACAGAAUGUUCUGGAGAGAGUUGUACUCUGUGGAAGAAGCAGAGCAACUCAUGACCCUCAUCAGCGCUGCCAAGGAGCAUAACAUAGAGUUCAUCUAUGCCAUUUCCCCAGGGCUCGACAUCACCUUUUCUAACCAGAAAGAGGUUUCCACACUGAAGAGGAAACUUGACCAGGUUACGCACUUUGGCUGCCAGUCCUUCGCCUUACUCUUUGACGACAUCGAGCACAACAUCUGCCCCGCGGACAAAGAGGUGUUCAGCUCUUACGCCCACGCUCAGGUCUCCAUCACCAACGAGAUAUUCCAGUACCUUGGCGAGCCCCAAACGUUCCUCUUCUGUCCCACAGAGUACUGUGGUACCUUCUGCUACCCAAAUGUCUCUCAAUCUCCCUACCUGCACACGGUAGGAGAGAAGCUUCUGCUUGGCAUUGAGGUGCUAUGGACAGGUCCCAAAGUUGUAUCCAAAGACAUCACCGUGGAGUCCAUAGAAGAGGUGUCCAAGAUCCUCCGGAGAGCGCCGGUGAUCUGGGACAACAUCCACGCCAACGACUACGACCAGAAGAGGCUGUUCCUUGGCCCCUACAAGGGCCGCUCCACAGAGCUCAUCCCCAGGCUGAAGGGAGUGCUCACCAACCCAAACUGCGAGUUCGAGUCCAACUUUGUGGCCAUCCACACCCUGGCCACCUGGUACAAGUCCAACAUGAACGGCGUACGCAAGGAUGUGGUGAUGACGGACGGCGAGGACAGCACGGUGUCCAUCCAGAUCAAGCUGGAGAACGAGGGCAGCGACGAGGAGCUUGAGACGGAUAUGCUCUACAGCCCGCAGCUGGCCCUCAAGCUGGCCCUCACCGAGUGGCUCGGCGAGUUCAGAGUGCCCCACCAGUACAACAGCCGACAGGUGCCCCACAGCGGGGCCAAGAGCAGCGUCCUGGACGUGUUGUCCCUGGGCGCCCCGUCCCUGUGCUCGGCCACCAGCGUGACCACCGUGUUCCAGCAGCCCAUCAUGUCCCCGCUGGUGCCCCCGCUCUGUCCCGACCCCCACGCACACCCCAUGGCCAAGCGGCGGAUAGAGCUGGAGGAGGCGGAGGUGGAGGUGGAGGCGGAGGUGGAGAAGAAGGACUCGGACGAGGAGCCCAUGGAGACGGUGGUGGAGAAGCUGGAGGAGGCGGAGGUGGAGGCCGACGCUGACGUCAAGCUCGACGGGCCCGUCACGGCCGAGAAGAUGGCGGAGGACCUGCGCCCCAUGGACACGGACAAGGAGGUGCUGCCGGACUCCAAGUCGUCAGCAGAGUUCCUCCAGGAGGAGUUCAUCCAGGAGGAGUUCAUCCACGAGGAGUCCAUCCACGAGGAGUCCAUCCACGAGGAGUUCCUCCAGGAGGAGUCCGUCCCGGAGGAGUCCAUACUGGAGGAGUCCAUACUGGAGGAGUCCAUUCAGGAGGAGUCCAUACAGGAGGAGUCCAUCCACGAGGAGUUCCUCCAGGAGGAGGCCGUCCCGGAGGACUGUGGGAGCGACAUCGCCCCGAUGCAGACGGAUGAGCUGCUGAAACAGGACGUGUUUGUGCCCGGUGCGGACGAGAAGCCCCUGUUCUCCGUGGAACCCCUCUCGCUGGAGGACCUGAGCCUGCUGGCAGAGCUCUUCUACCUGCCCUACGAGCACGGGCCCAAGGCCGUGCAGAUGCUGAAGGAGUUCAACUGGCUGAGGGCCAACAGCAGCACCGUCAGCAUCAACUGCGAGGGCACGGAGCCCGAGAAGGUGAUGGAGUGGCAGACCCGGGCGGAGAAGUUCGAGGACAUGUGCUGCUCAGUGAUGCAGAUGUUCACGCGUCUGUCCAACUCGGCCAACCGGACCAUCCUGUACGACCUCUACACGUACAUGUGGGACAUCAAGAGCAUCGUCUCCAUGGUCAAGUCCUUUGUCCAGUGGCUAGGGUGUCGUAGUCAGUCUUCAGCACAGUUCCUUAGUGGAGACCAAGAGCCAUGGGCCUUUAGGGGAGGUCUAGCAGGAGAGCUCCAGCGGUUGUUGCCAAUAGAGGGGGCAAACGACCUUUUCUUCCAGCCGCCCCCUUCAAUGCCAACCUCCAAAAUCUAUUCCAUAAGGCCGUACUUCCCCAAAGAUGAGACCGCCAUCUACUCAAUCUGCAAAGAGAUGUACUCUGAAGGCAUGGAGGAGGAGGUCCCCUUCUCUGAGCAGGACUCAGAUCUCAUAGGAGACCGGUUGGUGGGCGGGAUCCUGAGUCUGAGCCCUGACUACGGCUUCGUGCUCGAGGACGAGGAGGGAAUCUGCGGCUACGCCAUCGGCACCGAGCACGUCAAGCCCUUCGUCAAGAAGUGCAAGCUGACGUGGAUCCCCUGCAUGCAGGAGAAGUACCACAAGCCGGACUGUGAGAAGGACCUCUCAGACGCAGAGAAGAUGAUGCUGAGCUUCCAUGAAGAGGAGGAAGGCCUUCCGGAGUCCUUCCUCUCAAACUUCCCAUCGCUCAUCAAGGUGGACAUUCACGCCAAGGUCACCGACCCCAGUGUGGCCAAGAGCAUGAUGGGAUGUUUGUUAUCCUCCCUCAAGGCCAACGGUUCCAACGGCGCCUUCUGCGAGGUGCGGCAGACGGACAAGCGCAUGCUGGACUUCUACAGCAAGCUGGGCUGCUUCGAGGUGGCCAAGAUGGAGGGCUUCCCCAAAGACGUGAUCCUAAUGGGCCGCAGCCUCUGAGACCCCCCCUGCCGCCGGGCAGCGGGGGGCAGCGGGGGGGGGGGGGGGGGCCCGGCGGUGCUCGUCCGACACGUCUGUUACCGGCGAGAGGCCGGGCUCCGGGCUGGUUUUAUAUCACCGUCACCCUCUGGGCCGGCACCAUGCGUCCUGUCUGCACACUGGGUCACAUGACGUACGCCGCUCCACCUGGCUGGUGUCGCCCUGCUGGACUCACCGGCCCAGUGUGGACAGGGCCCUGAAGGUAUCGGCCUCGGCCACUCCCAUCCAUUGUCGCCUCGAUAUCGACACACACACCACAUUGCAACGUCUCUGUAUCUGGGAAGCCACCCGGUGCGUCUGCCCGACGCCCACACGGAGGGAAUGCAACCAUUGUAGGAAGGAGAGCGGCUCUGUAUCAGUGCAACGUUGUGCUUCUGUGCACACAUUUAGGAAAGGGAGGAGCCAACAUGGUCCUCCCGUAUGGUUCUGUUGGGACCGUGGCCUUACGCUGUGAAGGCAGACCCGGUCUAUGGUCAGCCUGUUAGGCACUGUAUGACAGACCCCCGAGGACGAGGAAUGAGACUACUGAGAUUACUGAUCUUUUACACAAUACGGUGCUCAAAAUAUAUUCUCGCCUGCAAAAACCCCCUCCAUAGAAAUAUGAUCCAUUUUUAUUGAAAGUUUUUUGCUUCAAGCAUACGUUAUCGUUCCCUCGUUAUCUUGGAUUUUGAUUAAUUGCAUUUGAUUAUGAGUUCCAAAUUCUAAAAAAAACAUUUUUAGCCACAGCUACAGGAGUUCAGUAGCUGAAAUCUAUAGACUAGAGAGAAACGGUUCAGUGGUCCUUACUGUAGAGAAGCCAGCUCACCAUGCAACCAACGGGCGGCUCUCUGGUGAGCCAUCUGAGCUACAUUCAAUAGGUUGCACUGUAACUAAAUGUUCCCAUGUACCAUGCCAAACACACUUUGGUUGGCAUGGUAAUAUAGAGCUGUCCCAUCACAUCUGCUAAUUGCAUUCCUCUCCACAUUGUUUACAACAUUACACGCACAUACAAACACUGAACCAACACACACGCAUACACACACCUCAGUGAGUGUCCUCUUGGUCAUGCCUGCACACACGCCAUUGAUAAGGUAAUUAAAACCCACCUAAUCCUACUCCAUUGUAAAGGGGGGGGGCGGUGGUUAAAAUAUUCCUAUGCCUUUUCGUACCUUUGUUUAACGUUUUAUACUCUUAACGUAUUUCCCCAUUUAUCUUGUUUUGUUUUGGAAAUCCUUAAACAGAGGUUUAAAGAAGCACUUUGACUAUAACUAGCGUUCAUCCGGAUGAAGGGGAUCCCCUCUUCAGUAGCUGCCUGCCUAUGUGAUGUUUGAUUAUGGUGUACAUUUAUGAUGUGCAUGAGGUGUAUUGGAUCUGCUGUGGCAGCCAUUUGUAGUGAGCUCAUGCAAGCGUAGAGGGAAGAAGCAUGGCCAUAAUACUUCAUGACAUGUCCAUAAACACUGAUUAAAUAUGAAAAUUGAAGUGUCAUUUUGUAUUGUAUAUCUAUAGACAACUUGUUCAUAAUAAUAAUGUCUGUUUUUCCUUAGCGAACGCAGGCCUUGUAAUGUUAGCCACUUGUACAGCCAUCUUUCACAACUCGGUUGUUGUGAGAAUCACCAUCUCUCUCGCUCUCUUUCUCUCUCUCUCGGUGGCAACACUCGUUUUAAGGGUAAAUUGUGCUGACUGUUCUUUCUAUUCUAUAUUCUGUCAUGCCGAGAGCUGACAAAUACAUGAAGGAAAGGGUUUUGAUUGUACAUUUUGAUCAAGGUGUUGUAGGGGGAGUGAGGGGGUACAAGUAUUGAUUUAUGAAACAUUUGUAUUUACGUUGAGAUGAUCCAUAAAAAUAAAAAAAACAAGAUACGUGUUACUUUGA